UUUCAAACAAAACUGUGCGCCCGCGCCGCGCGGCCGCCUCGCUCGCUGACACGACCCACCGAACUAUGGAAGUGACAAGGGACUGGUAGCUGUUUGUAAACAAUCCGCGGUGAAGCAGUGGUAACAGUGUGUAAUCGUGCGCAUCUUAUCGCCGCUAUGGCGGUCUGCGACAAGUGGGUCGCGCUCAAGAUAGUCGAGUUUGUGCUCUGCGUCGCAUGCCUGGUCACGAAGCGAGUGUCAGCUGACGAUGAGGUCCGGCUAUCGCUGCUUCUGCAGAAGCUAUCGCGGGAAUGGUCGCUGCUCACCUCCGUCACCUGGGACUCCGUCGGGGGAGCGUUUGCUGACGCAGUAUAUGGAGGUUACGUGAUAAUAACCUUCGGCUUGGUGUUGGCGCGAAUUUUCCAAGAAAUACCCAAAGGACGGCGGAUAUUGGAGGGAAUCUUUCUUGGCUUUGGGAUGCUGUUUUUCAUCAUUUUGGGUGGUCUAGAACUGGCAUCCUUAGACUCAGUCCCAAAGAAGCUGGUUGUGAACGCUUCCGUGCUAGGAACCCUUUCAUUAGUCGUCGCCGCCCUCUUCCUGCUAGACCUCAUGGGACCCCGCGUGUAUACAGCCACAAAACAAGCUCAAACUGACUCCACAUCAACGCCGAAAACUGACAAGAAACUGUCAAUGACCACUCAGUCGCAGACCUCGCCACCGGUUGCUAAUGGCAACGGACAUUUGACGAGCGAGAAACAAAAUGGACACGGAGCUGAUAAACAAAAUGGACACCUGGCCGAUAAGCAAAAUGGACAGUUGACUGCCAAACAAAUUGACCGGCCCGAAAGACCAAAAGAUCUAGACCUAGAAAAGAACCAAACGGAAAAAAGUGGCAAAAAGGAAGAUUCUAUGUUCUUCGAUGAACCGAAACAUGGUUAUACGAAAUUCGACGACAUUGAAGACAUACUUGAAAAGACAAAGUUUGGGUCAUUGAGGUCUGGGAUCGAAGGAGGGAACUACGUCAGGCUGUCGGACCCUCUUAUCGAACCGAACAGAUUGCACUACGAGCAGGAACUCGCCAAGUUCAACGAGAAGUACUUUAAAGAGUACUUAGAUUCUUACGUCGACGGCAGCAAGCUGUCUGUCAUGAAAGAGGACUAUCUCCCCGAACUGCAAACGCCAGUGUUCGCGAAAGUUAAAUCUGGGCGAUUAAAGACGCUGUACGAUGACGUCUCGCCCACUUACGAGCCAAAACGACAGUCGAAGUCGCCGUCUCGAGUUAAGACGGUGCCGUCGCCGACGCUGCAACAGCUAGAAGACUAUUUGCGGUCGUCGUCCCGGUCCCGAAGGGGGGACACGCCCGCUGUGUUCCCGAUGGAACCCAUAGAAGAGAGGGACCGGGAGGGCCCUGAUGCCGAGGGCCGCGCCUCGGGAACGCCCACGGAUCCCGGCUAUGUCCAGUACACCGCCAAGAAGUGGCCCGACAAGCGAGAGAUACGAACUCCUCGGCACAGUCCCACACAAUAACUUUGUAAGUAGUUUUAAUGGAUGCACGCGACGAAUGAUGAACGUGAACCGAAGUGCUUGUUGAGUGUGUGAACUUAACUUAAAAUUAGCCAUUGAAUUAGCUAGAUUAUAGUAACUAAUAUUUUUUGUACAUUACGUUGAACACAAUAAAUUAAUUUGACUACCAAAA